UAAAAGAGUUGUUGUGACAAGUGGAGGCUCGUGUUCGUUCACUAAAGAUUAGCACAAUCCAAAUUUUGUUCGUUUAAAAUUUCAUGAAACUUUUAUUAAAAGGAGGAGCAAGAAAAUAAAUUUAAUUAAAUGUGAACUAUAUGAAUUAAUUUGUUUAAAAAAAAAAUCUUUAUCAACUACUAAAUAAGAUGGCGAGCAAAUUAAAAUGCUUAUGGCAAUUUCCAACAACAUAUGGUUCAUUGAUUCGUACUACUCUGAUGAUUGUGCUUAAAAAUCUUAAGAACCACCAUAUUAUAGCUAUUCUCGCCCACAACCUCAACACAAGAUUCUUGGUCUUUUAAGGAAAUCACUUGUUCAACAUUUAACUUCUUUAUCCCUCUUUGUGUAAUAUACUCAUAGGCAAUAUUUAUUUCCAUGUGAUACUACAACGAUAGAGAGUGGAACAUUAAAAAAAAUGUUUAAUUGACCUUUUAUUAUAUUAGUUUUUUUUUCGCAAAGCCUGAUUUUUGUGCACGCAAAGUCAACAUAGAAAAUUUUCUGACUUGGGAAAAUCUGAGUUAACUAUAUCAUUAACAUUACUCUACCUUUAGUAAAGUUUUAUUUUGGUAUCAUAGGGGGGUUAACAAAAUACACAUUCCAAAAUCCUUUAGCAAUAUAUAUGGACAACCCUGUUAAUUACAAGUUUGGCAUGAUGAAAAAGCAUUAUUUUAUUUUUAUAGUUUAUUUCGCAACAAUUCAACACUUGACAGGUGCACAAACAUGCCUCCUCUCUUAUAUAUAAAUAUAGUCCAUUACUUCCAUUCCCAUCGACAUAUGGUCCGUGCCGGCGCAUGAACCUAUUCAAUGAUGUUCGUUUCGUAUACUCAAUCUCUUUCGAGGAAAAUCACAUGAUUUAGAAAAUCGAAAUAUUAAUUAUUAGCUAAUUAUACCUACGCAUUUUCCAUUGAGAUCAGCUUGAAAAAAAUAAACAAAGUUAAAAUAAAAUACUGAAAAAUUAUACUCUGUACUAGCUAUAUACUAUAUAUAGCUCUAUUUAGCAUACUAUAUAUGCUAUGAUCGAUGAAAAAAUAUCAAGUCUGAUCUGAUCUAAAAAAUAUAUUUUUGCAGUGAAUGAGUCAUGAUAAAAUUUCGGUAUAAGACUAAAACUAAACCUCUAGUUGGUGGAGAAAUAAACAUUUUAGAAGAAAAGCCUGUAAAUGAAACGAAGGAUUCGCGUUCCAGUCUCAAAAAAUACAAACGAUGCAUGUGUUCAAUUGUCGAGUUAUUUUCGCAGCUGCAGACCUCGUCAGAGCCUGCGCUGUGCCCCGAGCCACUAAGACGUGCUUUGGCUAGUGGACCACUGGCGGGGCGACGUUUUCCUCUGGGCUGUUUGGGAGAUGCUGCCGAAUGUUUUGAACUGCUUCUGCAUCGUAUUCACUCUCACCUGUCUCAUGAGGAUAGUGAUGCAUGUGAAACAUCAGCUUGCGUGGCGCACCGACGCUUCGCAAUGAGGGUCGUGGAGCAGAGUGUGUGCGAAUGCGGUGCAAAUUCCGAACAAUUACCUUUCACACAGAUGGUACAUUAUGUAUCAGCAUCCGCUCUCACGUCACAAAGCAUAUCAUUCGAUCAACAAUCCAUGACUUUUGGUCAACUACUGCGAAGUGCUGGAAAUAUGGGAGAUAUAAGAGAUUGCCCCAAUGCUUGUGGCGCAAAAAUCGGAAUUUGCCGAGCCCUCCUUAAUCGUCCAGACGUCGUCUCAAUUGGCGUCGUUUGGGAUUCUGAACGUCCGCCAGCUGAUCAAGUACAUUCUGUUCUAAAAUCUAUCGGUACGAGUUUGAAACUUUGCGAUGUCUUCCACCAAGUUUCUGAUAGCCGAUGGGCACAAAGUGUUGACCAUGAGCUUGUGGGAGUAGUUACUUACUACGGAAAGCACUACACAACGUUCUUUUUUCAUACAAAGCUCAAAGUUUGGGUUUAUUUUGAUGAUGCAAAUGUAAAGGAAGUUGGCCCACAUUGGGAUGGAGUAGUGGAUAAAUGUUGCCGCGGACGGUACCAACCGCUUCUGCUUUUGUACGCAACACCACAGCCCCAAGCAAUGCCACAACAAAUGGUUGGGACAAUAAAGGAAGUUCUAACGCAUCCGACUAAUGUGCCAUCAUUGAGACGCGCUGUGACGCCGUCUCCGGAAAAGGAUAAAUCCUCAGCUGGGACCACAAGGCGUGCCAUUACACCUACACCCAUACGAGCAGCUGCCACAACAGAUUAUCAAAAUCUGAAUGUAAUACAGAGCCAUUUGGCUCCUAAACAAGAUGUUGAGUACGCGAGGGUUAAGUCUUUUGAAUCACCAACAGUCCAGUACCAGAAUCUUAAUGUGAUCCAAGAAAAGAUCUUCAAAAACAUGAAUAUUCAAAAUUUAAGUAUUGGCGUAAGUAGUGCACGUGAAAAAAAUGAAAAUAGCUCAAUUGAAUACCCAGCAAUUGGGACGUUAGAGAAAAAAGAGAUAUAUGGAAAUCGCUUGGAAAAUCAACAGACAAUGAGAAAACGCGGAAUGAAUAGUGAGACUGCAGAUGUAUAUUCUCUGCAACAGCACUACCCAUCCCAUCAUCCAAAUGAUGGGCUAUCGAUGCCGGAUCACCUCAAUCAACCACGUCGAAGGGAUUCUGGGAAUUGGAGUGGUGAUAGAAAUAGUGCAUCUUCUUCAUCCUCAACUACACUUGAAAACCCAUAUCUGUACCUUGUUGGUAAGAGAAAUGUCAAUGUCCCACCAAGUCCUACUCGCAAUGGCAUACACUACGAUGCAGGUUAUGACUCAUAUUCCUUAUCAUCAACGGAUUCUUAUCCACCAAAAGUGCACAAUCCCCAACUCGCAAAAAUCCCUGAAAGUGUUGUUCUUUCCGAUGAAUGCGAGAGACUCUGUAUGGAAGCAGAUCAACUACUGGAGAAAUCUCGACUCACUGAAGAUGCUCAUGAUUUUGAAACAGCUCUUGUGCUUUGCAAUGCAGCUGCAGGGAAAGCUCGUGCUGCAAUGGAUGCACCCUACAGCAAUCCCCAUACAAUGACUUUUGCCAGAAUGAAACACAACACGUGUGUGAUGCGUGUUAGAAGUCUCCAUCGUAGAAUACUUAUUGAGAAGGGUACAGAUCUAACACUGAAAGAUUCACAGCCAUCUCAAAUUCCACAAGAUAUUAGACAUGUCCGCGAUGGAAGCAAUUCAAGUAUCCGGCAAAUGCGCCAGAGUAAUAAAGAAAAACUUUUUGGUCUUGGAAAGCAUUUCAUGAAUCCCAUUUCUAAUUCUGGUAACAAAGAUGUAAAAAGUUAUGCAGAGAAAGGUACAAAAAGUAUUGAGAUUUAUGCCACGUUACCGAAACAGAAGAAGAAUCUUCUUAAGUUUGUGGACACAAAUGACAUUGUUAGCGUAGAAAAUGUUAAACAGGAGCGCGAGAGCAGGAGCCUUUUCGGACGUGGAAGACACUCUGAAGAUAAGGAGAAAAGAAGUCGCAGUGAGGAUCGUAAUAAGAUAAUCAAAGAGUUUUCUAUUGCUGAACCACUUUUAGCCAAUGCUAAGGAUACAUUAAAGAAGCAUAAAGAGGAAAAGGAUGACAAAAAAGAGAAAGAUAAAUCUAAUAAGAAGCAGCACAAAAUCAGACGAAAGUUGCUAAUGGGAGGACUCAUCAAGAGAAAGAAUCGCUCCAUGCCUGAUUUAACAGAAGGCAACAAUGAUCAACAGAAAAAUCCUCAGGAUUGCUCUAUAGCGCCCACAAUCGUUUCUCAUGAUGAUACAUCCCUGGUGGUGAAUAAGAUGACUCCAAACAACAUCAGUGGAUACCUGUCAGAAGGUCAUUUGGAAUACCAGCCACCAUACGUCUCAAUAGCGAAUCCUAAUCUCGAGCGUAGCAAGUUGAUGCGAAAGAGCUUCCAUACGAGCAAUCGACAGUUAGCUGUAGCUAAGGUUCCACCUCCACCUCCACUCCGCAAAAGCUCCUCACUUACCCAGGCACAGACAUCGCAAUUGACAACGGAGAAUAUCCAAGCGAUUCAACCAUUCCAUCAAGCUAAUCCAAGUAAUAUUUCAACAAUAAGUUCCAACACCAGUAUGAGUGAAGAUUCAUGCCAAACAGUUAUCACGACGUGUGCUGUGGUUCAUCAAGAGCAAACACCAGUGAAGGCAACAGAGGAGAAUCACGGAAGCAUCCUGGAUCUUCCGCCAUAUCCCAGUCCUCCAUCCUCAUCUUGCCAUUCUCGCCAAGCCAGUGAAGAUUUCCCACCGCCACCGCCAUCUAUCGAUCUAGAACCAUUUAAUGAGCAACUUAAUCAGUUACAUCUCUUAGAAACUCAUAGAAAUGGAAUAACGGAUAUUUCCGAAAGUAAAGGAAUGUUACCUGUUAGUAAUAGCAAAUCCUUGUGCUGGCUUAAGGAUAUGCAGCUAAAACAAACUACAAAAGGGAAAGUUGUAAAUAAAGUGCAGCAAGGAGGGCAAAAUCGCAGCGUUAAAGAUUUGGCAAUGAAGUUUGAGCAGCAAACUCCUACUUCCCGACCACAAAUGCGUCAAUACUCUUCUCAGGAAUUACUGAAUGAAUCCUCUGUGGAUUCAGUUGAAACAAUGUCGAUUUCAUCACAAUCAUCCUGCUCUACAGUUGCUCGCAACCAAAUGAUUCCUGAUAAAAUCAAUGAAAUCUCUGUUGAUGUUGUUGAUUGCCCUAUGAUUACAAAACUAAAACAGAGCGAAGUUGGUAAUAUGGUAAAUGAUCUACAGAAGGUGCGCUUUGACGUAGCACAGAGUCAGAUUGCUGAGGAAUUAAGAGAGGUUGAAAUGCUAAAUGCGGUCGUCCAGCAAACAUUAAAUGGUGGCCAGGUUGCAGCAAAACGACCGAAAAAGAAGAGUGUAUCGUUCUGUGAUCAUGUUAUUCUCGUAGCAACAGCUGAUGAAGAGGAAGAUGAUAGUUUCAUUCCUAAUCCUAUUCUUGAAAGAGUCUUGCGAACAGCCAUUAAUGGCGGUGGACCAGCUGGGACAGACGUUGUGGACACACGAGUCAUCCAGAGAAUGGAAUUGAAAGAUGAAAAACUUGUAGAAAAUCCCGGAGUAGAUGUUCCAGAUAGUUUUGGGUCGCAAUCACACCAGAAUACUCACCAGGAACAGCCAAUGCCUGUGAAUUUAGCUACACAAGGAACAGAUAUGAAGAACUACUAUUCAAUGGAUGCCACGAGGGCGGCACAAAUGAAGCAACAGCUGCAAAAUAUGCAAAAUUUCCAUAAUAUGACGACUGCAGCGGUUAGCGAGGAGAUGCAGCGACAGUUACAGUUGCAACAGGAGGAGAAUCAGAAAUUCUCUGCUAUGCUGAUGCAAGAAACAAAGAGAAUCGAUAGAUUUCCCAAUUCUCCAAAUACGACAAACCACCCUCAGUACACGGGGAGUCCUCAAAUGGGCAAUCGGAGUCAAUAUCAAAGUAUACCGAAUGGAUAUCUAAAUGGAAAGAUAAAUAUGUAUGAUACCACAGCAGAUUCUGCGGCUUCACCCUACAUGCAUGCGUUGCAAUACCCACAGAGUGGUCAAAUGCAAUACCCAGCAAUGCAGCAGAGGCUUAUGUAUCCGCCAAAUGGUUACAUGGUUCCUGUUCGUGGCAACCACGCAUCCAACAUCUACCAAAAACCACCGCCUCCAUCACCGAACUUCCAAUCGCCACCAAUGCCAUCGGGGCCACCCAUAAGCUCCUACUCAACCUACCCUUAUCAGAGUGUGCCAAUUGUGGAUCAGCAAGCCCAACAAAUGCAUCUCUAUGCCCAGCCACCAUUCAAGCAAUUUGGGCAACAAACAAAGAAGGUGAGCUUCGAUAUUGAUACCAAGGUGAACAAUGAAAAGCUCCCAUCCCCACCCUAUCCGACUGUACCGCAGAUGACUCCCUCUGGAGAUUUAAACACCACCGGCUUCCCUCAGCGUGUUGCUAUCUCAACGUACAACAGCACUGCCAUUGUGAAAGCAUCCGCUAAAGCAAUACAGUGUAGUUUAUGCCGUAAGAAGCAUGUUAUUGCUCCAGCCAUGUACUGUGCAGGCUGUGAAUCUUACAUGUCGCGCUUCCAUCAUCGCCGGUAGAAUUUACGUUCGCUCACAAAGUCGACAAAAUGUUCAAAGAUUGAAGUUAGAUAAAUACAACAUACCUUUAUAAGUAUAAUGACAAUAGUUCAAAUUAACUGUAUAGAGAGUCACAGAUAUUUUAAAAAGACAAUUUUUGCAUUUUUCUUGUAUUUAAUUGUGAUAUUUUUUUUUAUUUUUUAAUAACAAAUAUUUAAUGUAAGUACUCCACAUGAAUCAACUUACGUAGUAAGAGCUGAGGGUGUACUUUUAUGCAAUCCCUGACUUCAGCGGAAAUAUUGAUACGAAUUACUUAAUAUGUACCCUAAUACAUAAUGUUGAAUUAACUAGAUAUUAUUAUAAUGAUAAUUAAUCCAUCCAAUAAUCCAUUCCAUUUUUUAAAGCUUAGUUUUAAGUAUGUAAAUCAUUUUUUGUAAAAUUUUAAUAAAUUUUUAUAUAUUAAAAAAAA